AUGGAAGAGUAUAUGAGUUCCAAGAAAAAUCAAAAAGAGCAAAUGAAUAUAGGGAGCGAAUAUGUUAAUGAAGAUUUGUUUGGUUUGGAAGAUGAAGAUAUUGGUGAGGAGAUUAAUAGUAGAACGAAUGUCACCAACAUUUCUAGUGGAGGUAGUAAUCGAGGAGGAAGUGGUGGUAGAACGUUUUCUUCAAAAAAACCAAGACAAAAAGGUCCUAUGGAUCAUUUUUUCACUCCUAAUGCAGAGAUGGUUGUUCAAAAUCAAAGGAGUGGAAAGAUGAAUCAAACUACCAUCAAUGAUGCCUACAAAAAGGAAGCAAGAGAAAGAGCUUGCACGCUUAUCACAAGAUGGAUGUAUGAGGCUGCUAUUCCAUUUAAUGCAAUCACAUAUCCGAGUUUCCAACCAAUGAUUGAGGUUAUUGGCCAAUAUGGUGUGGGUAUGAAGGGACCAACUUUUCAUGAGGUAAGAGUUACUAACCUUAAGAAAGAAUUGGCUUUCACAAAAGAUUUGAUGAAAGAUCAUAUGGUGGAAUGGGGGAAAAAUGGAUGUUCAAUUAUGUCGGAUGAAUGGACCGAUAGGAAAGAGAGAACUUUGGUGAACUUUUUGGUUAAUUGUUCAAAGGGAACCAUGUUCAUGCAAUCCAUUGAUGCUUCUUCAAUGAUUAAGACGGGAGAAAAGAUGUUUGAGUUACUUGACAAAUGGGUAGAGCAAGUUGGUGAAGAGAAUGUUAUUCAAGUUAUAACAGAUAAUCACUCAAGUUAUGUGAUGGCAGGGAGGUUGUUAGAAUUAAAGCGUCCACAUUUGUAUUGGACACCAUGUGCUGCACAUUGCCUUGACUUGAUAUUGGAAGAUAUUGGAAAGCUACCAAACAUCAAGAGGACAUUGGAGAGGGCUAUAUCACUAAAUGGGUAUAUUUAUAAUCGCUCAGGGCUACUCAACAUGAUGAGGCGGUUUACUGGACAAAGGGAAUUACUUAGGCCUGCUAAGACUCAGUUUGCAACUGCUUUCAUCACAUUAUCGCGAUUGCAUGAACAAAAAAACAAUUUGAGGAAGAUGUUUACAAGCUCAGAUUGGUCAGAUAGUAAAUGA